CCGCCAUGUUUGGAGUGGUGGUGCUGGUGCUGCCGCAGCCGUGGGGCGGGGGGCGCUGAGUCGGGCCGAGCUGAGAUGGACAGGCUGUCAGCUGGAAAUUUUACUUGCUCAUUAGAAUUUAGCACAAAAUCGGUCAUCUUUUUUGAAUGAUUUGGAAGAUUCUUCCAAACACUGGCAAAAUAUUUUUAUUUAAACUACAUAUCAGUAUCAUGCCUAGCAGAAUGGGAUCAAAAAUGAAUCUGAACAGAGAUUUCAUCAGAGUAAAAACGCAUUAUAAUGGGGACAUCCUAAUAACAAAUUUGGAUGCAUCAAUGAACUACAGUGAACUCUGUGAUGAAGUGAGGGAGAUGUGUAGUUUACAGCAGGAACAGCCAAUUACCCUCAAGUGGAUUGAUGAUGAAGGAGAUCCAUGCACUAUCUCAUCUCAGAUGGAACUGGAAGAAGCCUUUCGUCUGUAUUGUCAGCGUAGAGAUGAAGGGCUCAUUAUUCACGUUUUCCCUAGCAUUCCAGAGAAACCAGGCAUGCCUUGUCCGGGAGAAGACAAAUCAAUCUACCGACGUGGAGCCAGAAGAUGGAGGAAGCUGUACCGAGUGAAUGGGCAUCUGUUUCAAGCCAAACGUUUUAACAGAAGAGCAUAUUGUGGCCAGUGCAGUGAAAGGAUAUGGGGUCUCGGAAGGCAAGGCUACAAGUGUAUCAACUGCAAAUUGCUGGUCCAUAAACGUUGUCACAUACUUGUUCCACUGACCUGCAAAAGGCAUAUGGAUUCGGUCAUGCCUUCCCAGGAACCUCAAUUAGAUGAUAAAAAUGAAGAAGUUGACGUGCCCUCAGAAGAAACUGAUGGAAUACCUUACAUUCCUUCAACCCGGAAACAUGACAACAUUAAAGAUGACUCUGAGGAUAUCAAGCCAGUUAUUGAUGGAAUAGAUGGAAUUAAGAUCUCUCAGGGGCUUGGGCUGCAGGACUUCGACUUAAUCAGAGUUAUUGGACGUGGAAGCUAUGCCAAAGUUCUUUUAGUACGGUUAAAAAAGAAUGAUCAAAUUUAUGCCAUGAAAGUAGUGAAAAAAGAAUUAGUCCAUGAUGAUGAGGAUAUUGAUUGGGUACAGACUGAGAAACAUGUGUUUGAACAGGCAUCCAGUAACCCAUUCCUAGUUGGUUUACAUUCAUGCUUUCAAACGACAAGUCGGUUGUUCCUUGUCAUAGAGUAUGUAAAUGGGGGAGACCUCAUGUUUCAUAUGCAACGGCAAAGAAAACUUCCUGAAGAACAUGCAAGAUUUUAUGCUGCUGAAAUUUGUAUUGCUCUAAACUUUCUACAUGAAAGAGGAAUAAUCUACAGAGAUUUAAAGCUAGACAAUGUUCUUCUAGACGCAGAGGGUCAUAUCAAGUUAACAGAUUAUGGCAUGUGCAAGGAGGGAUUAGGCCCUGGUGACACUACAAGCACUUUUUGUGGAACGCCAAAUUACAUUGCACCAGAGAUCCUCAGAGGAGAAGAAUAUGGGUUUAGUGUGGACUGGUGGGCUCUUGGUGUCCUGAUGUUUGAGAUGAUGGCAGGAAGAUCUCCGUUUGAUAUUAUUACUGACAAUCCAGAUAUGAAUACUGAAGAUUACCUCUUCCAAGUUAUUCUUGAGAAACCAAUCCGGAUUCCAAGAUUUCUUUCUGUCAAGGCCUCCCAUGUCUUGAAAGGAUUUUUAAAUAAGGAUCCCAAAGAAAGGCUUGGUUGCCAACCACAGACAGGAUUUUCUGAUAUCAAGUCUCAUACCUUUUUCCGCAGCAUAGACUGGGAUCUGCUGGAAAAGAAGCAGACAACUCCUCCAUUUCAGCCUCAGAUCACAGACGAUUAUGGGUUGGAUAACUUUGAUACACAGUUCACCAGCGAACCUGUGCAGCUAACCCCAGAUGAUGAAGAUGUAAUAAAAAGAAUAGACCAAUCAGAAUUUGAAGGAUUUGAAUACAUUAAUCCAUUGUUGCUGUCAACAGAGGAAACAGUAUGAAGGACUGACAUCUUCAUUGUGGACAAAUGUGAAUGACCUUUACAUUUAUCCUUAACUACAGUAUAUGCAUGCAAGGCUGGGGAACUGUAAGGUUUUGGAUGGAGACCAAUGAUAAAAAAUAUUGCUGCUGAAAAUCAAAGAAGAGAAAAUGAUUUUGAUGGGUGUCUUCCUCUACAUGUUGGUUUUUAAAAGUUUUAGGCACUGAAACAACUGGCUUCAUUAACGACGGUAUUUGCAUUUUGUGCCUGCUUCACGAAGGAUCAAAAUGUUCAUUGCAUCCUUGGGAAAAAGAGAUUCUAAACAGCUUUGAAGUCUGCACACUUUCUAUGAACAUUUGAUGCAAUGAGCUACCAAUGGAAGAAUAUUAGAGUGUAACAUCCUGAAGAAUAAAAUAUAUUACAGUGGUGUUGAAGCUUAUUUUUGAUGCCUUUUUUCACCAGUGGUACCUGUCUAAACAUCUCAGAUAUGAUAUAUAAAAGGAGUUGUGUUUUAUUAGCAAUCAAAACAUAAAUUUGGGUACAGGAUUUAAGUGCCUAAAAUGGAUAAACUGCAUUGAAGAAUUAUUACAAAUUUGGGACAUUCUUAACCCUGGUAAGUUCUGCUUGUUAAUGUUAAAUAAGCAUUUACAUAAGAAAAAUUCUAGUGACAGAUGAAACCUAAUACUGAUUUGUAUCUUUAUAGAACCUGAAGUACAAAGAAACCCAGCAAUACCAUUUCCAAAUUAAAAUUCACUAUAUCUAUUACAAAAUCUGGCUUGUUUAAAACAUUUAUCAAAAUCUUACUUGGAUUUUAAAACCCAAAUUUGCACACACAGGAUUUCUGAAAAUACUUAAGCAGUGCCUACACCUACAAUGAUGUUUUGUGUUAUGUACUAGAUUUUUGAAAAAUAUUUUUAUCAAUACAGUAUUCAGAAAUAAAUCAAUGAAAGUGUAAUGGAUUAUAGCCUUAAAGUUUAAAUAGUAAAUUUAGAAUAUCUAUAAACAUAAUACAUUUCCUGAUAAAGCACACCUCCUACUUAUAAUAAACUGUCUGCUUAAAAUAUUCAGUGUAUAUUACUAAUUAAUUGUUCUGCAUAGAAGAAUGGGAUGCUUUGAUAAAAAUGGUUUGCAUCAAAACAGUAAUCUUUUCAAUAGAGGGAAAAAUAAAUACCCAAGAAGUUGGGUAUGGUUUAAAUUGUCAAAUCCCCUCUCUUGAAAACUGGUGACAGGGGAUGUUACGUCACAAAGGCUAAUAUUGUCAGCUGUGGAAAAACUCAUGUCAGUUCAUUUGGGGACUCAUAAGUGUGCAUUGCUGUCUAAAACCUUUCAGAUGCUUGUAAAGAUUUACCUGCCUCUGCAGAAAACAACCGAGGCAGUAUUUCUUUUUUUAUUAGGUUUUUGUUUAACUACAUUGUGUGGCUUGUAGUUCUGGGGAGGGGAAAUUGAUAUGGGAAGGAAAAAAACCAAGAAACCCUGUGCCAUGACAUCUCACCUAAUUUGGUGUAAAAUGCAGACUAAAUUGCAACAUUUUCACUUUCUUUAUUAACAUAUAGGUUUCUCAGGGUACAGCAUUGCAUUAGGUGCUGAACAUGACAUCUUUCGGAUUCACAUCCAAGUCAUGAGGUGCUAGGAUGAGACUGCCAAAAUAUUGUGUUUAAAAUUUUCAAUUAACCAUGGAUUAACAAACUACAUUUUGUAUCCCCUCAUUGGCCACAAUUAUGCAAACCUGUGGUAACUUAGUUUCAUUAAUCCCAUCCAGAUUUGAGUUUUGGGUUUCUCUCUGUUGGACUGUAGCUUUUUAUAUUAAGCAAGAUGUGUUCUCUAACCAGCACUAAAUAAUUUAGCCAGUAAAAAGUAUUUGCCUCAAAUGCCUGGGAUUUAGAUAACUUGUUAUCUAGGAAAAGAACUGUUUAUUUUUUAAAUGUAACGUUCAAUUUUAAUUCCCAACUUUUUUCCCUUCCUUGGCAAUUAUUUAAUGUACCCUGAAUAUUUAAUGUCUUUCAGUAUUUAAUUAAUUCCCUUGAUUUUACAACUGAUCAUUAGUUGGAUCAAAUUGACUAUAGGCAGCUUGUGGAUGGAAAUGCGACAAAUUGAGCUGCCUUGGAUGGGGCUGGGCAAAGGACUUCGAAAUGGAAACGUGGAGGUUUUCUACCUCUUAUUUCUGUGACGUGGGGGAGGGCAGGGGAAACACAUCUGCUCAACAAACAUGAAAAAAUCCUUGAUUCACGUAAAAUUUAAGGCAUUUACAAUGUUGCUGUGUUGCCAAAUAGUUUGCUGGUUACAAGUUUGGUUGCUCAUGUGCAAGUGUAUGAAUAAUGUUUUGUUCAUGACAAAGGGGGAAAUUUUUUAUAUAAAGUACUUGUUUUAUAAAUUAAAGAAAAUGAAGGAUGUAAUUAAAUGUGUGGUUUGAAAAAAAAUCCUAAUAUAUUACAAAUGGAUCUGGUAAUGAUAUAUAGUUGUCUUAUUUGAAAUAGUAAAUGAAAACUCUAGCUAAUUUAAUGAUUGUAAAACAGUAAAUAUGUUCUUGUAGUUUUGUAUAAUUAGUUGAGAUCUUUGCUGGCCAGUUUUAAUUGUGCAGAAGAUGGUAUACUAAUCCAUAACAGCUGAGAUCAUUUAUAUUCUUGCACAUCUAUUAAAGACUUUAAUGAAAAAGCUAA